AUGUCCGAAGCCCUCUGUCUGAAGUCCCAUCCGGUUUAUAUCCUUGUCGUCUACUUCUUCUUGAUCACCCUUCUUAUUGCCAUUGUCUCUGUCGCUGCCCCAAAUGUUCUGCGCUUACAUCAAAUAUAUCGGUCAAUCACAAUACAUCCUUUCUAUCAUCGCAGCCACUGGUUCCAUCUCUCAUUGCGCCGCCGGAAGCAACUGAUCGCCAAGAACCCCUACACAGUCUGUAUCACCUCGCCCAAUGGUCUCGCAGUUUGUCUUGUUGUCACAGACGAUACAACUGCGGGCGAUAUCUUGCAGCUCCUUAUUGGCAAGAGACUCGUCCCUGGCAUUUCUUCUCAGAGCGUGCAUCUCACCUCUGCGCUGCACACCGACAAUCAUCACUCGGGUCGACUCAACCCCUCAACCAAAAUGGGCGAACUUGAUAUGGACGACUCAUCUCACACUCAUGUGCGAUGCUUAUCGCUCGCAAUUCCGCCUUCCCGCGUCCCUUUCCGUCCUCAACGCACACCUAGAAGAAACAAGACUUUUCGUCGCGCCCCUACUCUGUCCACGAAGAGGAACCAGUCUGUCGCGAGCACUGAGAACAAGUCGCCGACCCGUCCUCGACAGCCAUUACGAUGCCUGAGGAACGAAGACCAGUCCAUGGACCUCUUCAGCUCAGACUUCUCCGGCCUAGAACAUCCAGUAAAUCAAAUGACCAAGUGUUUCGGUAUUCUUCCGGAAUAA